ACCUCCGGUGUUUCAGGAAGUGACUGGACGAGAGUCACUACUGUGCGUCUGUGAUAAAAACAGGACGAAGGUCAAGUGCAAAGUUCGUCUUGGGAUGUGUGUGUGUGUGUGUGUGUGUGUCUGUGUGUCUGUGUGUGUGUGUGUGUCUGUGUGUGUGUGUGUGUGUCUGUGUGUGUCUGUGUGUCUGUGUGUCUGUGUGUGUGUGUGUGUGUGUGUGUGUGUGUGUGCUAUGUGGGUGAGCAGAGAGAGAGAGAGUGUGAUGAGCGGCGGUGGCUGGUGAACACUGUUUGUUUUAACUUUUCGUGUCUUCUUGUGCUCGUGGUCGUGGUCGUCGCCAUGGUUUUCCUCCGACGGACGACGUUGCUCCGUUUGCUGCUGUUGGCGGCCAUGUUGGCUCUGCUCCUCUUCGUCAGCUCCUUGUGGCUACCUCAGGGCGGAGUCAGAGACUGUGGCAGCGCCUGGCAGCCAUGUUUGAUCCUUUACCGCCCAUCACCUGAACCGUCGUUGGUCCCCGACGGGUGGGCGGAGUCUGACGGAGCCCCGCCCCUCACGCAGGAGUGUCCCGGUCAGUCGUUUCAGGUUUGGCGUCUGCUGCUGCAUUUAAAGUCCAGUCUGUCGGACGACGGCCACGAGGACGACGUGCUGCUGGAGCCGUACCUGCAGAGCUGGGAUCAGCUGCUCAAGUUCAUGGAGUCUCUCGGGACGAUGGUGAGUUUCUUCUCCCAGAAGGUUCACGAGAAGGUCAAGGUGAUACGGCGGCUGUCGCUCGAGCAAAGCGCCGAGGCUCAUGGGAAACGUGGUCCGGCGUCUGACCACACGGGCGAACCGUCAGGACUGAGAACUGGGGCAUAUCGUUCGGUUCGCUCCAUGGUGGAGGCGGAGCUGAGAGCGGGCGCGGUGGACUUCGCCCGUCGCACGGACUCGGGCUGCAGGACGCUGCUGCGGCUCCAUCGCUCUCUGCUGUGGCUGAAGCUCAUGUUGGAGGGUUUGUCUGACGGGCCGGACGCAGACGGACAAUACAAGACGCCCGGAGAGCUGAGCAGGGAUGCCUACAAGGUGGCGCUGGCCCCCCACCACCACUGGGUGCUCCGUCAGGCGGCCGAGUUCGUCUUCCUCGCCCUCCCCGAGAGGCGCUUCUUCCUGCAGCUGGUGUGCGUUCAGACGGAGCGCGAGGCCGCGCCCGUCCUGCGCGUCAUCAUCCGCGCCCUGGCGCUGGUGCACGAGCGAACCCAACGCAUCCUGUCCGAGCACGACAUGCUGGAGCUGCCCUGACCCCUGACCCCUGACCCCGGACCGACGACCACCUGAGGAUUCAAAGCGCUCGCCGCAGACGCCGCAGGCGGCCUGCGACUCGUCCGCGUGGCUCCAGGCGUGUUUCACCAGGCUGCCCAGGACCCUGUACCAGACUCCACACACCCUGCAGGGCGUCUUGCUCCGCUCCACCGCCGACAAUCUGGUCCUUCGCGGCGUCUUCGGCGGUCGCUGGUCGACGUGUGGUUCCCAGUCGUCGUCCCUGGACGCCACUCUGUCGCUGGCGGCGUCUUCGUGGUCAGUUUCCACGUUCUCUGGUCGAGGCGUCGAGCUGCUGGGCUGAACGUCCACUCUGAGGAGCAGAAAUCAAACAUGUUUAUCGAUGCGGUGUAAAGAAAACUACUAUGCCCUCAGUUUGUCCUGAAGGUUCACUGAGUGCAUCAGCUCAACAGUUGCCAU